CUGUUAAACACACAGAAGACGCGCGAAAGCUUUUCACAAAAUAUUCAACACAAAAAUAACAAGAAAAUCCUUCGCGAUUUCAUCCAGUGGCUGACGCUGCUCUCAGAUUUGAUCCGAAAAUGCAAAAUUAAACGUUAAAUGACCGUGUGUUUUAGCUUCCAGAUAGAGCUCCGCACCUCUGCUCUGUGUUGACAUUGUGUUCAAAACGCAAACGGGGUUAAGGAGUCCAGUUUUCUUGUAAAUGUAAGUGGAGAAAACACACGAGUCAACGGGUCCUGGAGGCACAAAGACGCUGAUCUGGCCAGUUGAGUCUGUACGGUUCUCAUGUGUUCUAUAAAAAUGCAGCGCCGCUCUCGGUCGCUUCUCAUUCCUGCUCUACUACAGAUCUUGUGACGCUACUCAUCCGGAAGAAAAAUGGCAGAAACCGCUCCAGCUGCUGCCGCUCCGCUGGCCAAAGUGCCCAAGAAGAAAUCUGCUUUGAAAGCUAAGAAAACCGGCCCGAGCGUGGGCGAACUAAUCGUCAAAGCUGUGUCGGCUUCCAAGGAGAGGAGCGGCGUGUCUCUCGCCGCCCUGAAGAAAGCUCUCGCUGCCGGGGGGUACGACGUGGAGAAGAACAACUCCCGCGUCAAGAUCGCUGUCAAGAGUCUGGUGACUAAAGGCACUCUGGUCCAGACCAAAGGAACCGGGGCUUCUGGAUCUUUCAAACUCAACAAAAAACAAGUCGAGACAAAGAAGCCAGCGAAGAAAGCCGCUCCUAAAGCAAAGAAGCCCGCAGCCAAGAAGCCCGCUGCUGCUGCUGCCAAGAAGCCCAAGACUGCAGCGCCAAAGAAGAUCGCCGCAAAGAAAUCUCCAAAGAAGGCAAAGAAACCUGCUGCCACCGCCACUAAAAAGGCAACGAAGAGCCCCAAGAAGGUGAAGAAGCUAGCGACCCCCAAGAAAGCAGCCAAGAGUCCGAAGAAAGCAGCUAAAAGCCCCAAGAAGGUCAAGGCUGCCAAACCCAAGACGACAAAGCCUAAAGCGGCUAAGCCUAAGAGGGCCGCCCCGAAGAAGAGCACAUUACGAUUCAGCGGAGAGGUGAAGUCCCACAACCACAGCGCUUUCAUGCAGAUAUCACUUUAUUCACGUGCCCUUUCUGCACAGCUGACAUCUACAAGCCAAGACAUUAUCAUCUGAUAAUGGCUCAGCUGGGCAUAAACUCAGAACUGUUGAAUAUGGAGAGCUGUAGUCUUUGGUGUGGGCAGAUGUCGAGACAUUUUCACUGCUGUCAGUGUCCACAGACAUAUAUAAAUAAAGGUGCUUUAAAAAGGCAUCUUUAUGCUACCCACCCCAUAUCUAAUUUACAGACACUGACACGAGAAGCUACGUUACAGACUCCAGCACGAGGAGAAGCUGCGUUACAGACUCCAGCACGAGGAGAAGCUGCGUUACAGACUCCAGCACGAGGAGAAGCUGCGUUACAGACUCCAGCACGAGGAGAAGCUGCGUUACAGACUCCAGCACGAGGAGAAGCUGCGUUACAGACUCCAGCACGAGGAGAAGCUGCGUUACAGACUCCAGCACGAGGAGAAGCUGCGUUACAGACUCCAGCACGAGGAGAAGCUGCGUUACAGACUCCAGCACGAGGAGAAGCUGCGUUACAGACUCCAGCACGAGGAGAAGCUGCGUUACAGACUCCAGCACGAGGAGAAGCUACUUUACAGACUCCAGCACGAGGAGAAGCUACGUUACAGACUCCAGCACGAGGAGAAGCUACGUUACAGACUCCAGCACGAGGAGAAGCUGCGUUACAGACUCCAGCACGAGGAGAAGCUGCGUUACAGACUCCAGCACGAGGAGAAGCUACUUUACAGACUCCAGCACGAGGAGAAGCUACGUUACAGACUCCAGCACGAGGAGAAGCUACGUUACAGACUCCAGCACGAGGAGAAGCUGCGUUACAGACUCCAGCACGAGGAGAUGCUGCGUUACAGACUCCAGCACGAUGAGAAGCUGCGUUACAGACAUGGGCGUAAAUCUCUUUUAAUAGUAGGGGGGGACAAUACAUAUACAAUUUCUCAAGAGCAAUUUUUGAAGGGGACACAAAUAACACAGUCAAAAUUGUACUUACUACGACACAAAGCGACAAUAUGCAUUAGGUUUAUAGGUGUUUCAUGCAGACUUGCAGUCAUAUUAUAACUGAAUUGAAAUUGUGAACAAUAAAGCUUUUUUCCAUUUA